AAGGAAAAAAAGGAAGAAAAAAAAUAGAUGUUACUUACCUGAUACACCCAAGAAAAAGGGAAAGGGAAAAAUCAGUAGUAGUUAGUUACCUGUCAUUGAUCCACACUGCACAGUGGCAAUUCGUAUUUCUGGAGUUCAAUCUUCCAGCAAUUAAUGUAAAGUCCGUAAUUCUUCUCACCAAACAAGGAAUGUUUGUUGGGAUCAUAAAACUAACAAUUAAAGCAGCAGCAGCAGUAGUAGUAGUAGUAGAAAGAAUAGAGAGAAAUCCUGUAGAGUGGAUAAAUUGCAUAAAAAGAGAGAAAGAGACGCAAAAGGGAAACAGAUGAUCAAAAGCUCCAUUCUUUAUGUAGGAGAAAGUAUCAGAAACCUAAAGUAAAAGCAAUGCAGUCAAAUGAAACCAAAAAUUGUGUCGAACCCAUUACUCCGCAGCCUGUAAGACUCUUUGAAAAUCUAGAACUAACAAUCUAAGAUAAUUCCAAGCAACCCAUGUGUUCCAUGACUUCUUCUUCUUCAUCAUCUCCUUUUCUUGCUCUGUUCUUCUGCUGAGUUCUUUGUUCAUCAUCAUCUCUUUCUGGAAUUCUCCUUUGAAAGAAACCCACAGUUGGGUUUUCUGGCUUUUAUCAUGUGGGAAACAGAGAACGAGUCAGUUGGGGGAAGACAGUAUGGAGAUGGAGUCCUCAGUUCAAGUCAGCAUGGAGUAAAGACUAAUGGGUUCGAGCGAAGGGAUCAAUCAUGGUAUGUUGCUACUGAUAUUCCAAGUGACAUUCUAGUACAAAUUGGAGAUGUUAGUUUCCACUUACACAAGUAUCCCCUGCUUUCGAGGAGUGGAAGGAUGAACAGAAUCAUAUACGAUUCGCGGGAUGCAGACCUGAACAAGAUAGUAAUGGAUGAUCUUCCAGGUGGAGCUGAUGCAUUUGAGCUUGCUGCAAAAUUCUGCUAUGGAAUUGCAGUUGAUCUCACAGCUGCAAAUAUCUCAGGCCUUAGAUGUGCUGCAGAGUAUCUUGAGAUGACAGAGGACUUUGAAGAAGGAAACCUCAUAUUCAAAACUGAAGCCUUUCUGAGUUAUGUGGUCUUGUCUUCAUGGAGAGACUCCAUUCUAGUGUUGAAGAGUUGUGAGCCACUCUCUCCAUGGGCAGAAAACCUUCAGAUUGUACGUAGGUGCAGCGAAUCUAUUGCUUGGAAGGCUUGUGCCAACCCAAGAGGUAUCAGGUGGGCUUAUACAGGAAGACCCACGAAGGUCUCUAGUCCAAGCUGGAAUGAGAUGAAAGAAUCAAGCCCCAAUAGGAAUCAGCAGGUUCCUCCAGAUUGGUGGUUUGAAGAUGUUUCAAUUCUUAGGAUUGACCACUUUGUCAGAGUUGUUACAGCAAUCAAGGUGAAGGGAAUGAGAUUUGAGUUAAUUGGAGCAGCAAUUAUGCAUUAUGGAUCCAAAUGGCUGCCAGGAUUGAUAAAAGAAGGUAUGGCAGAGGAAGCAAGUAACAGCAGAGAUGGUAAUGAUACCUGGAGAGGUGGGCUUCACAUGAUUGUUGUAGGAAAUAAAGAUGAUCCACCUGCAGGUGUUCCUAUCAGAGAACAAAGGAUGAUCAUUGAGAGCCUCAUUAGCAUAAUCCCUCCACAGAAGGAUAGUGUGACAUGUAGUUUCCUUCUUCGGCUUUUAAGAAUGGCAAACAUGUUGAAGGUUGCACCUGCUCUGGUCACUGAAUUGGAGAAACGUGUGGGAAUGCAGUUUGAACAGGCUACUUUGCCUGACCUGCUUAUUCCUUCAUAUAACAAGAGUGAGACCUUAUAUGAUGUCGAUCUUGUUCAUAGGCUUUUGGAACAUUUUUUGGUUCAGGAACAAACAGAACCUUUGAGUCCAAGCAGGCAGUCUUUCUCUGAGAAUCAAACAUAUGAAGGGAAUCCAAGAAGUAAUCCACCCAAUGCAAAGAUGAGAGUGGCAAGGCUUGUGGAUAGUUACCUUACGGAAGUUGCCAGAGAUAGAAACCUUUCCUUGACAAAGUUCCAGGUCCUAGCAGAGGCCUUACCUGAAUCAGCAAGAACUUGUGAUGAUGGACUUUAUCGUGCAGUUGAUUCGUAUCUAAAGGCUCAUCCAACACUCUCUGAACAUGAGAGAAAGAGGCUCUGCCGAGUGAUGGACUGUCAGAAGCUGUCAAUGGAUGCUUGCAUGCAUGCUGCACAAAAUGAAAGGCUUCCACUGAGAGUAGUGGUACAGGUCCUAUUCUCUGAACAGAUAAAGAUAAGCAAUGCCAUAGCAAACAACUCCCUGAAGGAAACUGGAGAAUCUCAUUACCAGCCAAUGAUACCGUCUCGCAAGGCCUUGCUUGAAGGGACUCCACAAUCCUUCCAAGAGGGAUGGGCAACAGCAAAAAAGGACAUUAACACACUUAAGUUCGAACUUGAUAGCAUCAAGACAAAGUACAUUGAGCUCCAGAAUGAAAUGGAAAACUUGCAGAGACAGUUUGAUAAGACGCCAAAGCAGAAGCAUUCAUCAGCAUGGAGCACUGGGUGGAAGAAGCUGAGCAAACUCACUAAAAUGACAGCUUUAGAGACUCAGGAUAUUGGGUCACAGAUCCCAACAUCAACAGAACAGACAAGAAAGGCUACCAGAAGGUGGAGGAAUUCUAUUUCCUGAACAAUGAGGUAGACAGGGUUAAUGUUACAGAGAGAGUGAUACCACAGAGUUCAAUUCUUUGUGUUUCUUAGUUCUUUUUCUUUCAUAGUUCAAUUCUUUGCGUUUCUUGGUUCUUCUUUUUCUUCCUCUUCUUGGAAAAUUCUCUUUGAAUAACCAUUACUUAAACUGUGUCUGUCAAAGUGGAGAUGGCAAAGGAAAAGGGAAGUCUGAAAAUGGCAUGGAUUGAAGUGGUGAGAAGGCAAAUGAGCAUCAACAAGUUUUCUGUUGCUAUGGCUUUAAGUGGGAUGGCAGAACAUAAUUCAUAUAGCUGACCCCAAGAGUUGAGAGAUGCUUCUUUGAGUUUAAAUGAUUACCAUUUCUUCAAUUACUGGUUUGAGUUGGGAGAAGUUUGUGAGCUGCAUCUGUGUUUGUGUCACCUUUGAGUUUUCUCUACAGCUUCUUAUAAAUCUUCGAAGCCUAAAGUUCCAUGUAAUUUUCAAUACUCUGUUCCUCAUCCAGUAAAUCAAACAAAUGUGGGAUUAGCGAGGAGAAAAGAACAUUUGAUGAAUAAUUCAUGUUGUCAAGCAAUCU